UCCCAAUUUUUACAUUGUCAGUCGCGUUUGGCUGCUUCUCACGUUCGUCACUCGAACUUCUCAUGAGUAAUAUACUUCAUCUUAUUUGACUUACAUUUAUUCGACACGAACUGACAUUACUAGGUAGGCGCAAUGCACCGUGAUGCCGGCCCAAUGGAGUGUCCUAUCAUCUUGGGCACAAGCACAAGAGGAUUUUGGUCGUAUUGAUGAUUCCUGAGAAUUUCACUUGCAAGAUGUAUAUGUUACUUUCUGCAUGUUCUCAUAGGAGAUUCACAUCUAUCUUGAUUUCUCACUCAUUCUCGAGCUCUGCUCUAAACUAAGCGAAGCUUGCAUGUUGAGGUUGAUAGGGCAGUUUUAUAUGGGCAAUAUAACGGAAUUCCGUGAGCAAUUGCAGGCAGAGAAAGAUGCGAUCAUUAAUGAUAGAAUUUGCAAUUGGCGUUAGCAGUUGGUACUAAACUUUGCUCGUGUAAUCCUCGCAAACACAUGGUAGUAGUAGUUUCAUAUAUCCAUGUAUGUAAGACCUGUAUGAGCCGGACACAGAUAAAAAUCAAAGAGGAUGUGGGAAGACCCCGUCAAGAAGGUGUAGGAAGAAAGAAAAUGAGGCUGUGCGGCUUUCGUAGCACAUGGCCUUGAGAAUCACACCAGAAAAGCUUGGGAACCAGAUGUAAAUAAGAUGAUCAAAACUAGAUGGACUUGGAUAAAUAGGUUAUCCAAGCAGAGCAAAUGAUGGAAGACAUUUGUUUGAGAACGCAUGAGUAUCGCGGUGAAAGGAGAGAGGUGUGCGAAAGGAGAGAGGAGGAGGUUGAGUGAGGGAAGCGGGUAGAGAUAGCACAUUCUGCACUCUUACAAUGGAGACUAGCUCAUUUACUUCCACUGUAAAGGUCAGGCACGGUAAGAAUAGUAGAUUCUCCAAAGCUCGUUUGUGCCACAAUGGAAUGAGGC